GAGUGCUUGUGGUUGUCCAAAUUUCAGUCAGCAGGAAGCAGCUAUGCACUGGAAGUAAUCAAGAGGAAAACUUCAGCAGUGUCAUGUCAAUUAGAGGCUCUGUAGAAUGGAGAAGAAAACCCAUCUACAGAAAUUUGUGUGUUGGAGUUGGAGCAACAUGGUCUAUACUACAAAUCUUGUUGGAAAAAGAUUUGGUCUAGUUUAUUUUCUGUGGGCAGAGGACUUCAGUAGCCAACAAAGAAACGCUCUUGAUUUCAGGACUUCCGUGCUCAGGAAUGCAAUGGGCAAACAAUAAUCAAGAGGGAGAAGAAAAUUUUCAGUACCAUGGCGAGUGGAGGUUUUGUGGACUGGAGAGGAAACCUCGUCAACAGACAGGUGCAUGGAGGGGUUAAAGCAGCAUGGUUUCUGCACUUCCUGACAUUUGUAACAAACAUGGUGAAUGUCCCAAUUUUGCUGAAUCUGGUCACCUACCUCUGAGGGACAAUGCAUAUGGGAGUGUCGGACUCUGCAACUACAGUCACUAAUUUUGUUGGUGCUACAUCCGGAUUUACUUUGAUAGGAGCUUUCCUCUCGGACUCUUACAUCACUCGUUCCAGAACUAUACUUCUCUUUGGUCCAUUGGAGUUUCUGGGCUACGGAUUGCUUGCAUUGCAAGCGUACGUUCCAUCGCUCCAUCCACCAAUUUGCAACAUUGAAGCCGAACCAAGUAACUGCAAAGAGGCCCAUGGUUGGAACGCUACACUGUUUUACGCAGCCCUGUAUAUCUGUGCGUUUGGUGAAGGUUGCAUCCGUGCUUGCUUGCCGUCUCUCGGAGCAGACCAGUUUGACCAUGAAGAUCCCUCUGAGUCCCACCAACAGUCCAGCUUCUUCAACUGGUUCACCUUUGGGAUCUCCUUUGGAGGUUUUGUGGGGCUGAUUUUCAUCGUGUGGCUUGAGAACUACAAGGGGUGGGACAUUGGACUCGGACUGUCUGCUAUCCUAAUUCUGCUUGGGUUGCUUGUGUUUGCGGCUGGCCUCCCUUUUUACCGCAACCAAGUACCUGAAGGAAGCCCUCUAACUCGAAUCCUGCAGGUUCUUGUGGUUGCAUUCAGAAACAGGAGGUUUGGGCUGCCUGAGGAGCUGGAAGAAGCACAUGAAAGCAGUGCUGAGCGAGGCUCUACUAAAGUACUUUCCCAAACAAAUAGCCUCAAAUUCCUCGAUAAGGCUUGCAUUAACCAUGGCAAAGAAGGAGCCUGGUCACUUUGCAGUGUGACAAAGGUGGAGGAGACGAAGGCUGUGCUCCGUAUGCUUCCUGUGUUUGUCAGCUCCAUGAUCGGAUAUAUAUCAAACCCUGUCAUCUUCACAUUCACUGUGCAGCAAGGUGGCAUGACAAACACAAGGCUGGGCAAGAUCCAUGUUUCCCCCGCGACACUCUUCGUCAUCCCCAUCACCUUCCAAAUGGCAAUGCUUGCCAUCUAUGACCGGUUCAUUGUGCCGUUCUUGCGCAGGCGCACAGGCUAUGCCAGUGGCAUCACUCACUUGCAGCGCAUCGGCAUGGGUUUCGCCUCCAUGAUACUUGCGUCGGUCAUCGCAGCAGUAGUUGAGAGAAAGAGAAAAGAAGCCGCAGUGCAGAUGUCCCUGUUCUGGCUUGCGCCUCAGUUCUUCCUGCUGGGCGUGUCGGACGUGACCUCGUUUCCUGGGCUCCUCGAGUUCUUCAACAGCGAGGCGCCACGGGGCAUGAAGUCCAUUGCCACAGCCUUGUUCUGGUGUGAGAUAGGGCUUGCUUCAUUGCUGGCCACCUUCCUGGUGCAAGCAGUGAACAGCGUCACGAGGCAUGGGCACCAAGGAGGGUGGCUCGAGGGUUCCAGCUUGGACAGCAGCCAUCUUGACCUCUUCUACUGGGUUGUCACUGUUGUCGGUUUGAUUGGUUUCCUUAACUACUUGUACUGGGCAAAAAAGUACGUCUACCGCCAGGAUACACGCAUCGUCGAUGAGCCAUCAUCAGUCGAUCAAGAUUCACAUUGAACCUCGACAAUCGAACCGUUCUUUACUUGAGAAAUUAAAGGUGAAACUGGUUCUGGUUCACAGUGCCACUUAUUAUAGUCAACCUGCAAAGCAUGUACACUGAUGUCUGAUAAUUGUAUUUGGAUUGUUAGUUUAAUUUCAUCCAUGAUAUGGUCACAAUUGCGAUACUGCAUUCGAAUGAUUAA